AUGUUUGCAUCGUCUCCUGCAGGAUCAUGGAGUUCUCAAGACACUGAAGUUACUUCCUCUCCUAUCUUGUCUGUUCAUAAUCCUCAGUCACCUGAAAUGGAACUGAUAAGCGGUAUGAAAUCACAGAUCCAACAACUUCAACUAGAAAUGUCGUUACUACGAGAUUCUGUGAAAACGUGUUUAGAUGCUAACGCAAGCCUACAACAGUCGGUUCACCGAGAAAACCGACUGAAACGCAAAUGCUGCGUUUGUGACAAAACGCAAGUUGAGGCGGUUUUGUACAAGUGCGGACAUAUGUGCACAUGCCUGAAAUGUGCCAACGAACUACAAUGGAGUGGAGGGAAAUGCCCGAUUUGCCGAGCUCAGAUUAUAGACGUUGUUCGAGUUUUCUUUGAUACAAGAACCUAA